UUUCUUAUAUGUUGCUCAUAUUUUAUUCAUCGUUAUACCUGGUUGUUCAUAUUUUAUAUGCCUUUCGUUGAGUUUUUGUUAUUGUUAUUAAGAUAACAAAUAAGCAAGAUACCUUUAUAUACGUUUUAAAUGUUCUUCGUUUUUAUUUUUUCAAUUUUAUUUGAACCCAUUUUAAAACAUAAAAUAUAUUUUUUUAAAUAUCUGGGCUAUGCAAUUGAGUACUUUUUUUCAUGCGGGUUGAGUAGUGGAUAGCACUAUCCGACCCGACCGACGUUGCCGUCCCUAACGGCAAGCAAGAAGUGAUUUAGAUCCCUCAGUUCACUCUACUAUAUUCCUGUGUUCCUGUUUUGUAUAACUUAGUGAAAAUUGUUCGUCAAUCCAAACCCUAAAGAGGCCCAUGGCUGUGAUUCUUGCCGCCAACGCAUACGCUGCUUAUUAGCGCUGCUCCUUCUCCAAUCAGUUGCUUCUGCUCUGAAUUUCAAAUGGGAAGGUGCAAUGUAGAGUAGAUUGUUUCGUCAGUUAUGGCGGUGUUGAUUUCCAAAAGGCUACUACGUUGUUCUUCUGGGUCCUUGCCUUCACUAGGACGAUGCUACUUUAAUUCACCUAAUGCUGGGUCUGCCGCUUUUUAUAAAUCACGUGAUGUAUACAGCAGAUUGUCUGGGGAAGGACUUCGUUCUGCAGAAUGUUGUUUGGUCAGAUCAGUGAUCCGACGAUUUUCUACUUCUAUUUUAACUCCUGGGCCUGAUGAGGGCGCAUUUCCGUCCGAUUUAUUGUCCAGGAAGACUCUAGCAACAUCUGAGCGUACUAUAGGGCUUUGCCAGGAUCUUUUAAUUCCAGUUACCAACUUUCAUAAUGAAGACAAGGGCUUUAUGGUUUUACCUGGAGAUGUUUUUGAUUUGCCUAUUCGGAAGGACAUUAUUCAUCGUGUCGUUAGGUGGCAACUAGCAAAACGACAACAGGGGACUCAUUCAACAAAAACUAUCAGUGAGGUCAGUGGGACUGGGAGAAAGCCUUGGAAGCAAAAGGGAACUGGUAGAGCAAGGCAUGGUUCAUUACGUGGGCCUCAGUUCAGGGGUGGUGCCACCAUGCAUGGUCCCAAGCCUCGAAGCCAUGCUUUCAAAGUCAAUAAGAAGGUUCGGCGUCUAGGGCUAAAGAUUGCCUUGUCAGCUCGUGCAGCAGAAGGAAAGCUUCUUGUGUUUGAGGAUCUGGAGGUUCCAACACAUAAAACCAGAAACAUUGUGAAUUAUUACAAUCAAAUGGGGAACACCAAGAAACUUCUGCUUGUGGAUGGCGGGCCUAUAGAUGAAAAGUUAAAAUUGUCUACACAAAAUCUACACUAUGUUAACAUACUUCCCUCCAUUGGUUUGAAUGUCUACAGCAUCUUGUUGCAUGACACAUUGGCGAUGUCCCGAGCUGCGGUGAACAGAAUUGUUGAGCGUAUGCGCACUCCAAUAAAUCGUUGAGGCUAUAACUAUUGUUUUGCGCUUUGCUUCAUUUGCUCGAAGCAGGAACUGUAUCCCAUGUCCCUAUUUCUGUAACAUAAAGAGAUCCAAUUAGAAUAUCUUUGGUACGAGAUUUCUGUUAAAAACCACAUAAGUGAGGCUAGUUAUGCCAUUUUGCCCAUGUUGAAGGGGAACUUAGGAAAUUGUUGGUCUAAUUUGGAUGUUCAAGUGGUUAGGUUUAUCAUAUUUUUCCAUGACUAAAUCUCAUUUCUUUUUCAAUCU